GCAUUUGAUUAUAGUUCCUUAUGGGAAAAUAAAUCAACUUAAAACACCCUAUAUAUACCCCGUCUGUGUCUGUCUCAACUCGCCAUAACACAGCACAAAGGAAAUGCUGGUCCCUGGACUACAAGGCUGAUUCUCUCUUUAUGUGCACUGUCACGCUACUUUUCCUUCAUUUUCUCUGCUUCCAAACGGAUAUUGCACAUAGAAGCCCUGCAACUUUGUCCAGAAAAGUUUCUCUUAGGAAACAUUGAAAGCUCGCCUGUAAAGAGUCUGAUUAGAGCUUUAUUUUCCCGUUGAUUCGUAUAAUUCGGAUUUCGAGAGCAUAGCAAGAAAAUGAUUCAGUGUCUUUAUAGAUAACUAUAUCCUUAGGGUUUUAUAAUACUCGGAUUCUAGAAAGCACAACUAUCCACGAAAAUGAGUACAGAUUCUGAAAUUGAAUGUUCAUUGCCGAAAUCAAGUUCAGAUGACAAUAAAGCUCGAGAAUCCUACAGGGAGUCAAAAUUUUCGUAUAGGAGAGAAUUUCUUUUAUCGUUUUCUCAGUUGGAUGGAUGUAAGAAGAUACCAAUCGGACUUGAUUCAUCGAUUUUUAGUGAACUCAAAGAUGCUGCUACUGGUUCACCAUCACAGUCCUAUAGUGAUUCAGUCUCUUAUAGGAGAAAAGGGCGUUUACUUACUAUCAGGGAGAUGUGGUAGAAAAUAUUGGUUAGGUAGAAAAAUAACUCGGCCCUUGUUGAAAGUGAAGUAUAUCAAUGAGACUACUGCUUCCAAAUUAAUGCAGCCUCAAAUGCUCCAAUUGAGUGAUGUUGAACCACCUGAUUGUAAUGCAGAUUCUGGUAGGUGGGACCGCAACCUAUCUCAACAUUUGCAGCAGAAUCCUGAAAAUGGAGUUUUGGGAAAGGAUGGUUUUCUAAGAGAGCCUGGACCUAUUGCUGGGGUUUCUGUUGUGAAGGUUCAAGACUCUGGCAGACGCAAUGGAAACUUAACUCAACAAUCACAGCAGAAUCUUAAUUAUGGAAUUUUGGGAAGGAGUGGUCUUCUAAGAGAGGCUGGACGCCUGGCUGAGGUUUCUGCUCCAACGGUUCUAAGCAAUCGUCAUCAUCUUCUCAAUAGAAGUCCUACGCCAUAUCGGCCUCCACACUUCUAUAAGAUGAAUCUUUCAAGCAAAGAGAGUAAAGAUUUGUAUAAUUCCGAAUGUCCAAGUCUGGAGAGACAAGAAGAGGAAAGAAAGCCAAGAGAUUCAAUUGAGUUGCUGAGGAAGGAACAUAAAGCUAUUGAAAGGAAACAAAAAGAAGUUUCAGAUGAGCACAAAGAAAAUUUGGACCCAUGUAUUGCUACGCACCCUGAGGACUCCAGAAGUCAUAAGAGGAGUUCUAAUGGAAGCAAUCCAUCAAAGGAAUGUCUGGUGUCGUCUCUUUCAAAUGAUGCUUGGUGUUUUUCUUCCAUACAAGAUUCUGCAUGCAUAGGAACACUAUCACCUGCUUUUGCGAGCAUGUCCCUGUACAAGGGCAUUGAAACACAAUCCUUGAACCAUUCUCCCAGGCGAGAGCAUUAUGAUGUUAAGGUGGAUUGGGCAGAGAGGUCCGCGUUAUCCUCUUCCUACUUAGUUGAUAAGUUUACUGAAGAAGAGAAAAAGCCAGCAGAUGGUAUCUCGAAAAGAAUGGAGAGUGAUGAAUCUGAAAUUGCUGAGGAGCAAGAGUAUACUAGUUUACUUGCUCAAAUAAAUAGAGUUGCACAGAAGAUGUUGGUAUCUACCACCCAUUCUGCCGAUGAGAUCUAUGAGCUGAUGAGUGCUGAUACAGCGAAGAUGCCUCCAGGUGUUUAUAUGUGCGAGGAAAUUAAACAAUCCAUUAGAUCAGAGGCCAGUAACAACCAGCUACCUCAGCAUCGAGGCAUACAAUAUUGUUAUGUAGAGAACAGCCAAUCAAAUACUGCUGCUACUCCUGGGGCAUCUCAGCUCCUUCUUGAUUUGUUAAGGAAGAGUACAAAUGCAAUAGAUCUGGCAGGAGUACUUUCAAAGCUAAACAUUUCUAAUUCGAAAACCAAUGUAAACUUGUUCAGGAACCCUUCUUGUGAACCAAUACAUGGAGCAGGUUCCAAAAAAGAGUUGAAGUCAAGUGAAUUAGGGGUUAGUCUAAAAGGAUCUGCUGCUGCGGUUAUUAAAUAUGAUCGCGGUAACCUCACAUUUCCAGCUGAGGGUAACGCAAGUCCUUUGCCAGCGAACAAAUUCAUCAGAACCAAUCAUGAAACUGCUACGACUUUUGGUGAUGUUGACAGCAAAGUAGGCUUGGAUUUCCGAAGUGAACGAGAAUUAGAGCUAAAACCUGUUAUUGAAUUGGACGAGAAAGGCGAUUCAAUUGAUGAAAUCUGUUGGCCUGAUGAAGACAGUUUGAUCACAUUGGAUGACCUAAUAUUUCCAAUUGAAUCAAUUUUAAUGGGUGAGGGGAAUUCAACUGAAACCAAUUCAUUUUCCCCAGGAACACCAGGUGAAAGUGCUCAAAAGCCAGCUGCUUUUGAAGUCAACUUACCUGAUGAAAGAACUUCUAGCAGUUUGAGAAACACAAGGCCAUCUUACCCACAGUAUUCUUGUAAGAAUCUAGGGCAAGCCUUCUUCCACCGAUCUGAUGUCUGGUCCUCAGAUUCAAAGACCUAUUAUAAUCCUCCUAUAAAUGUGCUUCCACAUCUCCAUCCUAUGUCUAACACAAGGUUUGAUAAUUCUGUUACGCGUCCUGUUUCGCAGCAGAAACUAAUUCCUGGUGAAUUUCCUAUUGGUGCACCAUAUGAUCGUCCCAUCAACGAACUGAUUAGUCAUCCUAAUUGGCUUAGCCAAACACAAAAUUUUACCCUCAACCAUCAGCAACAUAUCCAUGGAGGAUUUGAUACGCAAUAUCCUGGUCGUAAUGGACUCUGGCGAAGAUAGUAAACAUGCAAAGAAGCAACCUCGCAAGCCAUGGUCAAGAAGUGCUGGACAAUUUGGCACUGACUAGUUAUCGAAUAAUGUUUUCCUCAUAGGUCUAAACUACUUUUAUAAAAUGCUCAAAAGGAUACCGUUGUUCCAAGGACUUCUGUCAGGACUAGAAUGCUUAGCAGAUGUUAUUCUAUUUUUACACGUGUGCAUAUGUUUACUGUUUAGAUUCAAUCCAGAUUAUUAAAAGAUACAGUGGAUUGUCUUACCCUUCGGCUUUCACGACAAAAUUGACAUGGGGCUGAAAAGUGGAACUUUUAACUGCUCUAUGCUAGAAUGUUGUGCAUACAACAAUAUAUUCUCAUCUGGCUGCCUUCUUUUGUUUUUUUUUUUUUUUU